AUGAUGAGCAUCUAUUUGAGUCGAUCAUUUCCAAGAUCUAAUUCAAGUUUAUUCUUAUGUAGUGGAAAGGCCUUACAAUCUGAAGUUUUACGCUUAAGGGAAGAAAUGUUCUUGGUGGAUGCAGGACCUGGGACCCCCAGAAUUUGUAUGCAAGAUGAGCCUGCAAGAGUGCCAAUCAACCGAGCCACCAGGUUUGAGAAUAAGGUGGAAUCCCUGGAUCUAGUGGCCGGUGAAUCACUGAUCAAAAAGCAGAUUUUGGAGAGAUUCUUCAUCGAUCUAGUGGCCGGUGAAUCACUGAUCAAAGAGCGAGCAGCCGCCAGGUUUAAUGAUUUGGUGGGAUCCACAGAUGUAGUGGCUGGUGAACCGCUUCUUCUUCUUCCACGAAGAUUCAGACAAAAGCGAGCUUGGAUGGAACUGAACAAGAUUUGGCGAACGAAUACAAAGGUAAAAGGCUUUUUUAUUAGGAAAAUAAAAGGAGGCUAUCAAGUAGCCAUCGCGGGUUUCAUUACUUUUUUUCCAUUCCGCCGUUUUCGCGAAAGAAAAAGAAAAGGGAUAUCAAAUGAUCGAUUCAACAUUGAGAGCAUUAACAUUAACCCCAAAAGGACGAAUAUUGUGGUGUUCUAACAGCGGCAGAUCAAACAAGAACUUUAUGAGCGCUGACGAAAAAAAAAGAGCAGUUUUUUCAAUUCCGAAGCGAAGCCUAGCGUCUCCUGAUAACACUCUAUCACCUUAAUCCAUUCUUUUGUUGAGGGUCUGGCACUUAUUACAGGCCGCUCUGUCAUUGUCUGAUUUUUGGUUGUCUGAUCACAGUCGAAAUUCAAAAUGUAUCUACUUAUCGUAAUUUUGCCCCUUAUCGGUAGUUCCGUAGCAGGUUUUUUCGGACGUUUUCUAGGAUCAGAAGGAAGCGCUAUAAUGACCACUACGUGCGUUUCAUUCUCUUCGAUCUUAUCUUUGAUUGCUUUUUAUGAAGUCGCACCGGGAGCUAGUGCUUGCUAUCUAAGAAUUGCUCCAUGGAUCUCAUCGGAAAUGUUUGAUGCUUCUUGGGGCUUCUUUGGCGACCGUGAAGUCACCGGAUGAAUUGCCGAGUAGAUAGAUCAGAUCCGGACGCGGCUGUUGCUCCGCGGCGAUACGGACUCGACCCGCUCCUACCCACCCCGGGGCACCAUAGCAUGUCGGGAAUAAGGGGGGACAUACUGGACGUAACCACUCCCUUGGGGGCUGUGCCGCCCUGCCUUUCGAUCGAUACACAGUUGAGUAGGCCAAUCACGAACGCUACAGGUGUGGGAGCGAUCCUGGUCAGGGAAGGCUAAGACGGCGCCUCGCAUAUGGGUAGCAAGAGGGCGCUUAUGCCCCGACGGUGGGGCCUUAUGGGGAAGGGCCCA